CCAUGUCACAGAAUCCACAGACUUGCUGCGAUCUGAAUCGGAACCUGUUGAAAGUUCACAUGUUGUGGAUUUUAUUUUCUGUUUAACGUCAAGUCAGGGAAUGGUUGACCCUCCUGAUCACUAAUGGUCACACAGACUGGACCAGCAGGGCUGUAACCGCACACGGUUUGAAAAUCACUGUCACGGGUUCACAGAUUAACCCGGUUGGCCAGCAUGUGAUAUACUCAUCCUGUUGAAGUUGAUUUUUCUCCAGGUUUCUAAAAAUUGCGAAAUCCCAGGUGUCAGCAUACCACUAUUUAACAAGGUGUCACAAGUAUGAAAUAACAUGUUGCAGGAGGUUCUGAAGGUGAUGCGCAAUAUAGAUGACCGCAUUGUCCAUGCCCUGAACACCACAGUGCCCACAGUCUCCUUCUCAGGCAAAGUGGAUGGCACACAAACGUGCAAAGAACUCUAUGAAUCUAUGAUGGACGCCCAUCUGACCCGAGACAAAGCCAUCAAGUCCUGUAUAGCUCAAACUUCAGAGGAGUUGGCACAACUGCGUAAACAAAGAGCAAAAGACAGCGAAAACCUGGCUCUUAUCAAACUGCUCCGAAAGGAGCAGACCAAAUUAAAGCUCAUGCAGUCAGAGCUGAAUGUUGAGGAAGUUGUCAAUGACAGAAGUCUGAAGCUUUUCAGGGAAAGGUGCCGAAUCCACUACACGCCUCCCAAAGUGAAGUGAAGCACCGUCUGAUCAGAGCAGCUUUCCUCGAGGGUCGAAUCCAGGCUGGAGGUCAAACUAUGACCUGCUGCCGCAUCCCGACUGCAGGCUGCGGACCAUCCAGACCGAUCCGACGUCAUCUACGACACCCUCGUAUUCCAUUGUGACUUUUGUAUUGCAUUACCACAGCUGUACCGCAGUCAUUAGUGUGCUUCUCAACUAAGAAACAUUGUACAAAAAGAGUGGUUUUGUUUUUUUAAAUAAGACAAUGAAAUGUUUCCAAGUGGCGUGUUUGUCUGUUAUUGAAUGUCAUUUUUGUGUUACCUGCAAUGAAGUGGUACCGUUAAAUAUUCUCCUUGAGUUGUUUGCCGGAUGGAAAUAUUUUCCAUUUUAAACAAAUGUCAGCUGAUUGUGUACAAACCUUCAUGGUUCCUGGAAAAUUCAUCUUAACGAAUGUGAGACUGUUAAUAAUGUAUGCAAAUCACCGCUGUGCCUCAGAAGACAAGUGAUGGGGUUGAUCUUCAUUCUUUGACUCAGCAAACUUGUUAGACCAGUUAUUAGUGUCAGUGUGUUUUUAAUCUUAGAAGAAUGUUCACCUGUCACUUAACGCAUGGUAAGACUCCAUACCACCAUGUGAUUGGGGAAGGAAGAAAGUUAUAGUGCUUGAGCUAUUUAAAUAACUUUACUAACUGUAGAUUGAUUUAGUGUUAAAAUAUUACCUUUAAUGUUACAUAGAAUAUUCACCAAUCUCAGAUUACUUGACUUAAUAUGUUGUUCAAAUGGAGUCAAAAAUGCUGAAAUCUUUUAUUGUGUUCAUCAGUAUUUCUUCCAGCCAAAGAAACUCAUAUUUUAGAUAACACACAAAUGCUGCGUGUAAGAAACGAGUAAUAUUUGUUUUUUAUGUUUUUUAUUUUAGUAUUUCAGUAGAGGAUUCUGCAUUCAAUGUUUUACUUCCCAACACAAAAUCAUUUUAUUGUUUUAAUACAAUUAGAUUCCAUGUCACAUGAGACUGCAGCCUCUUUUAAACUGGUUGUUUAAUCAGUUAUCAGAACGGUACGAGGGGGUCUUCUUUGGUUUUGUGCUGCUCCACACCAUUAAGCACAAUGCCGUAACAUUCAAUUGGUACAAAGAGACUGAGGUGGAGGUAGUCCUCUUCUCCAGCAAAAACCUGCAAGAAUAAAAAGGAACUUUAGACCCCUGAAAAAAUAUUUAAGUCUUGUGAUGCUGAAUCCUGAGAACCUUCAGAGGUGUGUUCAUGGUUUAACUUGUAUUCACUGCAGUCACAUGAGUUUGACAGUAAGAUUCAACUGGAUUUUACAAGAAGUGUUUAUUCAACCUGCAUGACACACAUAGACACACAUCGGAGGCUUUUUGUAAUCAAAUAUGUUAUUACUUACCUUGAUGAGGAUGUUCAGUCCAGCCACAACCUGUUCCCUGUACAGAACUGCUUUGAAUUCCUCAUAGUUCUGGCCUGUAGUUUUCUGCACUUUGUCCUUCACCUGUUUAUGAAUCAAUUCAAAUUUGUUGUGAAUCCAGACUGAAAUUUAAACGGGGAUUGAGAGAUUCUCAAGUGUGGAGGUUGUAAAGAAUAAAGGUCGAUUGAAU